AUGGCAGAUGCUUCGGUGGAACUGUUUGUCAGCAUUGGCUUAACCGAGCAGAAAGCAAAAGAAACUCUUAAAAAUGAGCAGCUGUCAGAAAAUCUGAAACAAGCAAUACGAGUUGCCGAUGAGCAUGGGGGACCCAGUGCCCGAACCAAGGAGGUGGGCAAGUUGCUUUACAGUGUGGCCACAAAGUUGAAAGCUCAGAUCAAGCACCACCAGAAUUUCAUUGUGAAGUACAUUGCUAACAGAAAAAUUACCACGGAAGACCAGCUAAAUGCUGCGCUGAAUUACAUUCUUCAUCAUCCUGCAUUUGAUGUUGAUGUCAAAGCUUUUGAGGAGGCCAGCGGAGUUGGAGUUGUAGUGACACCAGAAGAGAUAGAAACUGCUGUAGAGGAGGUCAUUAAGAAGCAUAAAUCUGAAUUGCUGGAGAAGAGAUACCACUACAACACUGGACCAAUGCUAGGAGAAAUCAAGAAUAAAGUCAGGUGGGCUGAUGGAAAGGCAGUGAAACAUGAACUUGAUAUGCAGAUCUUGGAUUUAUUGGGACCUAAAACUGAAGCAGACCUUGAAAAGCCACAGAAACAGAAGGCUGCAAAACCAAGUAAAGCUGCUGACGUGGCGACUAACAACACUGUGAAUGAUGUCAAACCUGCAGGCAUUGACAAUGUAGUGGCAGCUGAUGGUCACUUGAAAGGCUUUGUUGAAAUCAUGGGAGAUGCUUUGAAGUUCCAUAAACCAGGCGAGAACUACAAAACUGAUGGCUAUGUGAUCACACCAAAGACAAUGGAUCUGUUGAAGAAACAUUUGCAAGAAACUGGUGGCAAGGUAUUCACAAGGUUUCCCCCUGAACCGAAUGGAAUUUUACAUAUAGGUCAUGCCAAAGCCAUCAAUUUUAACUUUGGAUAUGCCAAGGCCAUGGGCGGGUUCUGUUACCUCCGUUAUGAUGACACCAACCCAGAAAAAGAGGAGGAGAAAUUUUUCCUUGGCAUCAGGGACAUGGUAGAGUGGCUGGGAUAUAAACCCUUCAAAGUAACAUAUGCCUCGGACAACUUUGACCGGCUGUAUGAGUGUGCAGUAGAACUCAUCAGGCGUGGCCAUGCUUAUGUAUGCCACAUGCCUGCUGACUUGUUGAAAGGGUUCAAUCCUCCAGACUCACCAUGGAGAAAUAGGCCCAUCUGGGAGUCUCUUCAGCUGUUUGAGGACAUGAAAAAAGGAAAGAUAGCGGAAGGAGAAGCAACACUUCGUAUGAAGACAACAUUAGAGGAGGGAAAGAAGGAUCCAGUAGCUUAUCGAAUUAAAUUCACCCCCCACCACAGGACAGGGGAUAAAUGGUGUAUAUACCCGACCUAUGACUUUACUCAUUGCCUGUGUGACUCUAUUGAAAACAUCACACACUCAUUGUGUACCAAAGAAUUUCAGUCCAGACGUUCUUCUUACUAUUGGCUAUGCAAUGUGUUGGACAUGUAUUGUCCAGUCCAGUGGGAGUAUGGUCGGCUGAAUCUGAGCUACACUGUGGUCUCCAAGAGAAAGAUUGCCAAGCUGAUUAAUGAGGGACAUGUCAGGGACUGGGAUGACCCGCGCUUGUUCACACUGACGGCUUUGAGGAGGAGAGGAUUUCCCCCAGAGGCUGUCAACUAUUUCUGUGCUAAGGUUGGUGUAACGAUGGCCCAGACUUGCAUAGAUCCACCAAUGUUGGAGGCUUGUGUGCGAGACAUUCUCAACAUUAGCGCCCCAAGAGCCAUGGCUGUACUGCAUCCCCUGAAGGUUGUCAUAUCCAACUUGCCAAGUGAUUUUCCCAAGGUGGUUUCUGUGCCAAACUUCCCAGGGAAUGACAACAAAGGAUUCCACACGAUUGGCAUAGGCAGCACUAUAUAUAUUGAACAGGAUGACUUCAAAGAGACAAAUGAUAAAAAUUUCUUCCGCCUGACGAGUGAGCAGGCAGUUGGACUUCGGCAUACAGGCAUUGUUAUAUCUGUGGACAAGGUCAUUAAGGAUUCCCUUGGCCAGCCUGUAGAACUGGUUGUAUCUUGCAAGAAUGCUGAUAGUGCGCCAAAACCAAAGGCUUUCAUUCACUGGGUGUCGGAUCCUCUGUACUGCGAAGUCCGUAUCUAUGAUACAUUAUUCAAACACAAGUUCCCAGAAGACCCAGCUGAAGUGCCUGGUGGAUUCCUCACUGACAUUAAUCAGGAUUCCCUAGAGAUUCUCACUGAGGCUCUGGUAGACAAGUCUGUACUCGGGGCCAAAGUUUAUGACAAGUUCCAGUUUGAGAGGAUUGGAUAUUUCUCUGUUGACCCAGACUCCACUCAUGACAGAAUGGUUUUCAACAGAACAGUCACCCUAAAGGAGGACCCUGGCAAAAACUCUUAA